AUGGUCGCCAACCAACUAACUGCCGGGCAGCCUAUAUUCACUCUUGAUCUGUGUGAUCUAUUUGAUGCCAACUGGACCAGGGUAAUCUAUGCCGGCCAGACUGCAACCGGAGGGACUACUAUAGAUGGGGGGUGUGGCUCCAUUGACCUGGAGGCUCGCCUUUGGGACAGACCCUAUUAUGUAUGUCCCAAAGAAGACAGCCCCACCAACUGCAGAGGAGAACCAUAUUUUUUCUGUGGGUUGUGGGGGGAAUGUCUGACAGCAUCUCCAGGGAGGGAUGGUGAUAAGCACCUGAAAGUCAUAAGAGUGAUUCGACCAGGUGGCCCGGCUGAACCAGGUACUUGCUAUAUUAGAGACUGUAACCCUGUGGAGGUGACGGUCAAAACAUGGAAUGAGACUGAUUCAUGGAUGAGAGGGAGAAUGUGGGGCAUUAAGAUUCCUUUUUCUGAAAAGGACUUUGGGACAUUAUUCACUAUUCAACUGCGGAUGCUGCCAUGGACUCAGAAUCCUAUUGGGCCCUUGAGACCCAUCAUUUUAGGAGAAGACCCCCGACCUACUCUCUCUCCCUCUCUACGGAUGGGGGGAGAGAAUGAGACUAAUGGGGAUCAGACUGACAUUGCACCAAGUGGCACUAAACUGACUGACGCAGAACCUUUGCAUCCCAGGGUGAAGCCACUAGUGAAAACUGUAGAAUUAAUGUAUUACCUUUUGAAUGAGUCUGACCCUAACAUAACCAGAAACUGCUGGCUUUGUUUACACCCUGAGCCUCCUUAUUACAUAGGUGUGGCUGCCUCUGCAGGAAUAGGUAGCCAGAAGGGAGACAUAAGGAAGCUGGCUCUAUCCUCUAGCAACUCUAAGGGCCCAGAAUGUAAGUGGGGAGUACAGCCCCACAUGACACUGGGAGAUAUCCAGGGAACAGGAACUUGUAUUAUCACAGCCAACUAUAAAUUGGAAUCCUCCCCGUACAGGGGAAAUUGCAACCUAACCAUUAAAGUUAGUAAGACUCAAGAGUGGGCGACCCUCCUCAAAGCCCCUGAGGGGACUUGGUGGGCCUGUACUUCGGGCAUGACCCCCUGCAUCACCCCCUACGGAAUGACCAAAGAGGACCUCUGUGUUUUGGCCCAUAUCCUGCCCCAUGUAUACUAUUCCCAUGGCGAAGAAGGGUGGGCUCACCUUGAACGGCAAGGAACAGACUACCUCGGACCAAUAAGACGGAAACGCGUCCCGAUAGUAGUUCCUAUACUCGUGGGGACAGCCAUAGCAGGGACAGCAGCAAUGGGAGCUGCAGCCCUAGCUAAGGAGACUACUCUAGUACAAUUAGAUCAGCAGAUCAAUCAAGAUAUGGCCACACUAGAGGGCACUAUUGAAUCUCUCGAAGGGUCCCUAUCUUCGUUGGCCGAGGUGGUCCUGCAAAAUCGUAGGGGACUUUGA